CUCGCUGGCUGGUGGCUAACGCAGCAAAGACGUGGCUGUUCUGCUUCCGGACUAACUAUUUACUUAUCGCCUUGCGCCCGUCGAGUCAUUAACUUAUUCUCCCUGGGGGGAAAGUCCGUCAGCAGGACAAUCCACAAGUCGCCUUUUCUUCGCAAUCCCAACUUCUCCCAAACACUCCCUCCCUUCUAAACAUAUUCGCCCAUAUCGUAACACUCUAUAUAUAUCAUUUACCUCCUCCCUAGCGACAUCAACACCCACCAAAAUGAACAACCACCACAUCCUCAUCCGCCGAAUACAACCACUUCGGUCCCUCCGACGCCAACCACCACGAAGAAACCUCUCCUCGACCCCUCGAAACGCAGAACCUCACCACAGCUCCGUUCCUGAGAAACCCCAUCCUCCAGCGAACAACCCACAGCCGGCUCCCACAGUGCCUGGCCCGCUCGCAUCGACCACCGCCCCGGCCCCCGGAUCGGUAUCCGCAUCGCGAGCAUUCAUCCAGAGAAUCCAGGCUGGCCCGGUUGGACGAGUGGCGCGAGCGUAUGCGCGCGUGCAGGAGAGACGACCAUACCGGACGCAAGUGAUCAGUACGAUUGUGGUGUAUCUGUGUGGUGAUCUGGGUGCGCAGUUGUUGUUUCCGCCGGAUAAUGGUUCAUCCCGGGAGGAGCAGACGGGAGAUCAGAAGGAGGAAGCAGGAAGUAAUGCCGGAGGAGUAGUUGGAGGAGGGUAUGAUCCGUGGCGGACGGUGCGGCAUUUGACGGUGGGAGUGGGGUGUGCGAUUCCGACGUAUAAAUGGUUCAUGUUCCUGCACCACAACUUCAACUACUCGUCCAAAUUUCUCUCCAUCCUGACCAAGGUCUGCGUGCAGCAGGCAGUGUUCACUCCCGUGUUCAAUACCUAUUUCUUCGGUCUGCAGUCGUUGAUGACGGGCAAGUCGUUGGAGGAGACCUUUGAGCGGCUCAAGGUCGCUUUGCCGACGAGUAUCUCGAACAGUGUGAAGCUGUGGCCGGCCGUUACGGCCUUCAGCUUCAUGUAUGUGGGGCCUCAGUUCCGGAGUAUCUUUUCUGGUGUCAUUGCUGUUGGGUGGCAGACGUAUUUGAGUUGGUUGAAUCAGAAGGCGGCGCGCAAGGUCGAGGCAGAGAGGACGGCGUCGGUGGAGGUGGCUGCUGGUGUUGGCGCGGUGGCUAUGAAGGCGUAA